AUGGUGAAGAAGCUACUAAAAUCCACACCGAGGAAGUUUCUUCAUAUUGUUGCAUCACUUGAGCAAGUUCUCGAUUUGAAGACAGUCGGAUUCGAGGACAUCGUCGGACGAUUGAAAGCAUACGAGGAGAGGGUGAAGGAGGCGGAUGAUAGCAAUGAAGGAUCUAAGGCGCUGUUUGUCGACGGUGGGAAUCAAAGCUGGAGAAGAAAGGGGAAAGCAAUUAAUCAAGGAACUGGUACGACUGGGAACAAUAUACACGGGUCGAGUGGAUCUGGAUCCGGAUCCUGUGGGUCUAAUAUGUCAAGUGGAUCUGGGUCUAAAGCAAAAAAGGCCCAAAGAAAAUCAAAUAAUAGUCGAUCCAAUAGGUGGGAUUGGAUUAAAGAAGCAGGAACCAACAAUGAAGAAUCGGGCUCAUUCGUAAUACCAUGGGACUAUCCAAGAGACGAUGCGAGCACCAACCAAGGAAACGAUGUAAAUAAUGAUCCAAUUCAAUCGGAUCAUGAGAUUGGAGAUGAAGGGGAAGUACAAGAUAAUCAACAACCAAGUCUGGUAGGUUGUGGUACGUAUCUAUUUCUAGCAUCAGAGUACUUUGGUUUUGCGAUUUUGUGAAGACAAGGGGAUUGAUCUAAAUAUAUCUAUAGGAAGAUGC